ACUUUCCCGAGCGACUGACGCGCAUCGUGUGUUAUACAUCGCGCGACGCUUCUCGACGACUUUUGUCUCGAUCUUUGUUUCUGGUGUAUGAACGCGCGAUUAUUGUUGUCGUAUAUGUUUUCGAUGUAGCUCGAUCGUGUAUUUAUAUGUGCAUCGGUAGUAAAGUGUUGCGUUCGAGUGUCAGUAAGAAAACAGCGAAAAAAAAGAAGUCAUAAUUUAAGAUCAAAGCCGCGGGAAACGCGAUGACGUUCUAAUCGGUUUUAUGCAUUUUUUUUCUAUCGCCAAUGUGCAAUUAUUUGCAUAAGAUCGUGCCUGUGUUUUGUGUAACUCAUUGAUGCGAGCCUCCAAAGUAUAAUAAUGCGAGACGAGGCGAGCAAGAGGAAGUCGGCGUCGGGGGCAGCUUCGUUCGUGUUGCGCUUCGAUAAUCACAAAUCAUCGGUGUCGUCAUCGAAAAAUGCCGCAACACCAACAGCGACAGCAGCAGCCAGGACGAACGAAGCUACUGCCGACGAUGCGGCUGCGGUGGCGGAGGAGGAGCCGAGGGUCACGAUCGUCGACAUGCGCUCGGUAGUUGAUAAUAAUAAAACCGAUAACGGCGGCAACAAUUCGACGUUGGUGACGACCCGGGCGGACGUCUAUCGGAGCGAACAGCAGCAGCAGCAGCAGCAGCAGCAGCCGCUGCCGAGCACGUCGAGCGGAAUCAGGCACAAUUAUCACAACGGCCAGAUCAGGAGUCAACAGCAGCAGCAGGAGCAGCGUCAAGGCCGCAGCCCGGAAAAUGUUAUGACAACCACCACAGACCCGUCGAUCACGCUGCAGGACGAGCAGCGGCAGACGGGCAAAAUCACACCGUCGUCCCCGCGCUCGAAUAACUCCACGACGGAGUCGUCGAAGAGCAUGGGUGGCGGCAGCGGUGGUGGCAGCGACUCGUCGCCCCGCGACUCCGCCAGCACCAAGUCCGAGGAGCUCGAGGUGCCCGUGCUGAAGUCGACCCUGCCGAUGCCCCAGUCGGUCAUCACUCGGGUGCCCACGGCGGCGGGCGAUCACGUGGACAGCGUCGCCAAGCUGAAGAACAACCUGAACGGCGGCGGCGGCGGCGAGGAUCCGAGCGUGGAGAAGUUGCACGCGGCGGCGGGAGAGCACAACGGUCUGGGGGCUGCCGCCGGCGGUGGCGAGGACGAGGAGGAGCGCGUGGACCUCAACGACAUACCCUUCAUCGUCAAUUGCCUGUACGUGACGCAACAGUGCUGCGAGUGCAGCAUCAUGUGAGAGAGAAACACACACACACACACAUACAGACAGUGCGCGCGAGAAAGAGCAGGCAAACAAAUGUUAAUCGUUUUCACACGGAUUUAUUGUACAAUAGUUGAAAAAAGAAGAAGUCUAAUAUAAUAUUUUAUAUUUUAUAAAAAUAUAAAAAAAUCUAGAUAAAUUUAAGUUUAAUGAAAAAAAAGUAAGAACGUUCGUCGCGCUCCACAGCGUGUAUAGCUUAUUUUUAUACAUACAAGAAUAUUUUAUACCUAUAAAUAUUUAUAUAUUUAAGUGAAAUACAAUAAGAAGCUUAUUAAGUACA